AUGGGUGCACUUCCCGGGAGCAGCUGGCAGAACAUCCAUGAGGAGGACUUGGAAAGUGCGGGACUUCGCGAGACUGCGAUCCGGAUGGUCGUGUAUGACUGGAUAUCUGCAGAGGUGGCCUCAGAGCUCACGGGGAUCUUGCUCUCAGAGGUUUUGGGCUACAACGUUACAAUGAAUACUGAGCGAGCUACGGAAUCCGUCGCGGGCUCGUUGCAGCUAGCUGGUUGCGUUUCGCAAGACUGCAGUGAGAGACUGCCGCGAAGCCACGUGGCCAUGGACACCUGGCUCUGGGGAACUCCCGGUGAGUUUGCGAAUUUGGACACCACACGCCCCAGCCUGGCACCACGAAGGCUAGGCUCCAUGGGCUGGACCGGCCAGGAGUCCCUCUAUGUGAAAGGCUCGGUACGUGAAGAGGCCUACCACACCGCUGGUCUUGCUUUGGACUUCUACAGGAGCUACAACACCUCCCUGCAUCAGGCGGCAAAGUUCUUCAGCCGUGUCUCCGACCUGGACACUGGUCAGUUUGUUCCUUGCAACUCGAGCAACUACGAGUCGGCCAGCGAUUAUCAAAUGAGGACCUAUGCACAGGUGACCGGAGACACGGAAGGCGUUGCCGAAACUCCAAGUGGUUACAUCGCCCGCUGUCCGGAUGACUACUUCUGGCCGUCUCCAGCUUGUCGCCACAACACUUCCGAGUGCAUUCCCAUCAUUGCGGCGGGGUUUGGCUGGAAUUAUUAUGUGUGGAUGCAGUGGUCUACCUGGUUUUCCAUGCCGACAGCAAUCGGCAUCGCCAAAGAAGGUCACUGGGAGUCGGUGGUGGAGAACUUUGAGACGGUUUUCUAUUGGUGGUAUCCCGAUGCAGCUUUCCUGCAUCUGGAUGCCUGGACAGUGGCGAUGCCACGGCAUUCGCGGCGAGAGUGGGCCGUCAGCUUCUACCGGACUGGCUUUCCGGAAAUAACUGUGGAGAAGCUCGUAUCGAGUCACCUCCCUGUACUGGCGCCUCGAGUCUCGAGGUUCUUGGAGAAGUUUUUAAUGGACCUGGAGGAUAUCCUGGGCCUUCUGUUGGAGGUCCAUGAAGGAGCCACUCCUUGGGCUGCUGCCUGCAAUUGGGUUCGCCUUAAGAGGCGUCUGUGGAGGGAGUGGAUUCCUGUAGACACGCAAUGCCUACCAGGUGAAGGGCUGCAAAACUCCUUGGAGGAAUAUGUCACCAACCGCUCUGAAGCGGUCGGUUGCUCGACGUGUCGUCCCGGCAGGUUCUCCAAAUCCGUCGUAGAUGACACUGGUGCAACCUUCGCGUGUGAGCCGUGUCCUGCAGGAACUUUCGAAAGUGCCUUCGGUCGGACUGCUUGCGUGGGGUGCGAUGCGGGGACAUUCACAAACAGUUCUGGCAGAGCCAAUUGUGAUUACUGCGAGCUGGGUCGGUAUGCAAAUGCUAGCGGAAUGACUUUUUGUCAUGCCUGCGGCAGUGAGCAUUGGACUACCAGCCAGCUUGUCGUAAGUGACGGUGUGGACACAUGGGUUCAAGUGAAAGGAAUGACCUCAGGGUCGUUUUGCACUUGCAUCGCCGGUUGGUUUCUGAACCAGCAGGGGAUUUGCGAGCAGUGCAUCGGAAUGGUUUACCGAUGCUUUGGGCGAGCCUCCCGCUGUUCGGGUGGACCCCCGGGGUCUUGUGCACCCGGGCGAGAUCCUGGGACGAUUACGUGCUCCGAAUGUCUGCCGGGGCGAAUGCCGCUUCAAGAUGGGUCCUGCGGCCGGUGCAUCGCCACGUCCUAUGCUAUUUUCGGCCUGGUCGUCUUAGCCCUGGUGUUCUGCAUCGCUCUGGUCUAUGUCGUCCUGGCGCUUCAAGCAGACCGCGCUACGCAACCCGGCCAUUUCUUCGUGGGCAUUGUAGCUUUAAGCCAGCUUGUGACCCUUAUCCAGCAGCUGCUCGUCGUGAGCAAGUUGGGCAUCGAGUGGCACGAGCCCAUCAAUGAGAUUCUGAAGGGCCUGGCGGUUUUGGGCGUGGAUUUGGAUAUGAUUGCAUUCUCAUGCGUUGCAACUGUCAGUCCGGUCCUGAAGUAUGUUCUCUCUGUGUCCGUUACACCCAUACUUGCCUGCAUCGCCCUGGUGGUGCACCUCGUGGCGGUGGCUUUCAAAAGGUAUGUACGGCCGGGCUUGAAGGUGAGGCUGGAUGCGAGCCAGCUGCUGCGGACGGUGGGAUCCCUCGUGUCCCUGCUCUUCAUCGGAAUCUUCACGGCCUUGGUCACGCCCUUCCAGUGCAACUCCCACCCAAACGGCCGGAGGACCGUUCAACAGUAUGCCUCAGUGUUCUGCAACCUGCGUGAUGCACACCUGCAGAUGAGCGUGAUCGGCGCAGCGGCGUGCUUGAUGCCACUGUGUUUUCUGGCUGUGUGCAUUUGGAUCAUCCACUUGGAGCUUCCAAAAAGGCUGCUUCGGGCCGAUGCCACCUACUGCCGGGCAUGUUCGUUCCUUUGGUUGCGCUUUCGGCCGGGAGGGGAGCGCUUCGUCAUCUUCAUGCAAGUGAGAAACGCGCUGAUGGUGCUGUGCCCGUUACUUCCCUCGGUUUCAGUGAAGCUGGUCGUGCUUAACAUGCUCCUCUACGUGAGCUUAAUCGCGGUGACCGUGAGCCAACCCUGGCGAGUUCCCGCAAGCAACGUGCUCGACACGGUGCUCCACGUGGGUUUGCUUGUGGUGCUCUACAUGGCAUCCCUCUUUGCCGGCCACGACGUUGAUAGGGCCAGCCUGGCUCAGGCAACUGCCAUCUCCUUGUUCUUCGUGCUGAUGAUGGUCGUCGCAGUGGCCGUCGCCAUUCUCUACGGACUGGGCCUCUACCUCGUCCGCCAGAAUCGGAAGCCCUGGCGCAGUCGGCAGCUUUGCGCGGCUUCUGAAGAUCCGGCUGCAACAGCGGGCUCCACCUUCAAUGUCUUCUUGGACACCGACAACUUACAGGAUCUCACGGAACUCUUCAAUUUCGUCAGGGACACGGAGACUCUCAUUAUCUUGGCCAGCCCAGGCAUUAUGGGGCGCAAAUGGUGUGUGGGCGAGGUCGUCACCGCCAAGUUACACAAGGUUCACAGUGUUGUCGUCAGAUGGCCGAAUUUCAUGGACUGGAGUGCGACCAGGCAGGAGGAUCUCUCAUUCGCUAUUCCCGGCAUUGAGGCUCUAACAGCUUACAGCAUAUCCCUGGAUGAUGUCUCGAGCGCUUUGCACUGGAUGAAGACUUUGGAUUCCUUUCCUUUCCCUGCUUCGCUGGAUACGGAGAGUAUUGGGAAGAUCUGCGAUGCCCUAACGGGUACGGUGCUGCCAUCUCUGGAGAGGAGAUCAGCUCGCCCAGACUGCGUCAUUCUUGUGGAUCCUGCAAAUCAGGAGGCUGUUGCAACCGCACAUAUACUUCUUGAGCUUUUGAAAUUGGGCAAAGAAGUUCGACUGUCUCCAAUGGUCCUGAAAGCAGGGGAAGACUUUCCGGACUAUGCUGUGAAAGCACUCCUGAUUUGCUCUUCCGGGUGCUUCCAUUCGGAGGCCGUUGCAUCUUGGCUCAUCAACCUUCCCUGGCCGCAGCCGUCCAUCUUUCCCAUCUUGUCAGAGCCUGAUUUCGCCGUCCCGACAGAGCCCUACGAGAAUGCGGUACAAGGAGUGGCAGGAGCUUUCACCGACGCAGAGCUGGCAACCUACGCAUCUGUCCUACAAGCUGUCUUCCAGGAGAUUGCGAGCGUCUUGGCGCCUCAGUCCUACUCCAGCACUCAAGACGCUUGGGCAUACUGA